AUGGGCGGAGGCGGCCCUCUCGCGUUCCUGAACAAGAAGUCAUGGCACACCGGAGGCAUACCGAUGCAAGCGGAGGUGUGGAAGCGCGAGCAGAUGAAGGAGCACGAGGAGAAGCGCAUGGAGGAGAUGAAGAAAGAGAUCGCGGAGGAGCGGAAACUACAGGAGCUUCAGAUGCAAGCCGCGGAGGCGGGGCACAUCGACAAGGUCGAGCGCUUGGAGUUCAUGUACAAGGGCGGCCCGAUGCAGGCGGCGGAGGACAUGAACGCGUACUUUAGCGGGGAGAAGAAAUGGGUACCCCCUAAGGAUACAGAGACCGAAUGGGACAAGGUCAAGGACAGCACCGGCGCGCUGCUCGCGGAUCGGGGCGGGGGGAAGAACGAGACGUGGAACAAGCUGAACAGCGACCCGCUCCUUAUGAUGCGGAUGCAAGAGCAGGAGGCGCGAAAGUACGUCACGGAGAACCCGGUUCGGAUGGCCGCGAUCAGAAACGAAGUAGCCGCGGCGAGGGAGAAAAAACGCGCGAAGAAAGAAGCGAAGAAGGAGAAGAAACGGGAAAAGAAAGAGGCCAGGAAGCGCGAGAUCAGAGAGGAAGUGAGGAGGAAAGUACUAGGGGACGACGCGUACGCGGCCGCGUCCAAAAGAGGGAGGAGCGAGGGUGGAGGGAGAGGACGAGGCGACGGAAGGCGCGACGGGAGCGCGUCGUCGUCGUCGUCGUCGCCGUCGAGGAGCCCCAAGAGGAAGGAGCGAAGAGGACGGUCGCGGUCGCGGUCGCGGGAGAGAGACGACAGACGCGGUGGACGGAACGGCGAGGAAGCGCGCGGGAGGAAGCGCAGCCGCAGCCGCAGCCGCAGCCGCAGCCGCAGCCGCGGCCGCGGCGGAGGCGGAGGACGGGACGCGGCUGCGGCGGCGCGACCGAACGACAGGGUGCAUCACGACCACGCGAGCGCGCAGGACGGGUCGAAAGGAUACGGCCUCACGUACGCGAACGACCGCGCGAAGGACGCCGCCGCGGUGCGCGUCGAGCGAAGGAACGAGUGGAGAGAGAGCACGAAGGACGAAAGAGAGGCGAAGGAGGAGGAGGCGAGGAAAGCGAAAGAAGAGAAGUGGGCGCGGACCGGCGGGCGGAACAACGUCGGGCACAAGACUGGUAGGCUCACGCAAGAGGAGAAGGAGGCUCGCCUCAAGGCGAUGAUGAACGACGCGGACGCGCACGAUGAACAGCGAUGGGCGCGGCUGAAGAAGAGCGCGGAGGCGGAAGCAGCCUCGGAGGAGAAAAGCCUCGUCGAGCAAUCGGUCGGCGCUCAGGGGGGAAGGCAUCACAGCGACGCGCCCGCGUUCUUAGCGAAAGCGCAGAAGAGCGCUUUUGGGGCCGGGCUCGACGCCGGAGGGCUCGAGGAGAGGAUCGGGACGAACAAAUAUUACGCGCAACGACGCGGGGACGCCGGCGGGAACUCGUACCGUCGCGGGUAA